CGCGGCCAAGUGCAAUUUUGGAGGGAACGUGAUAUGGUGCUGCAUGCGGCCGUCGCCCGCGCGCUCGACGCCUUCGCCACGCAGAUGCGGUGCCCGAUCUGCCUCGAGGCGCUUAGCCGGCCUUUCUCGCUGCCAUGCAACCACUUCUUCUGCGAGGCCUGCAUCCACACGGCGCUAGGCUUUGCGACCACCUGCCCUGUCUGCAAGGCCAUGGUGCGCAAGCGGACGCUGCGCCACGAUACCUCGGUGCAGCGCAUCCAAGACGCGCUGCAAAAGCUCAUGGCCAUGCGACCAGCGAUCGAAGCGCCAGUGCCGGCGGUGACAGUGCCCACGAGUAUAUGCAUCGACCUCUGCAGCGAAGAGUCGGAGUACGAGCAGUCCAACUCGGUCACACAGGCGACGCAAAUCGACGCGCCACCCCUCGUACCUGUCGUCGCGCCCGAGACAGAGGUGCAUAAUGCGAUCCUCUCGCCCGAGAGGCCGCCGCAAACUGAAGUGUUCACUGGCGGCCAAGUCGUCGAAGUCAGCGCGCGCACGUGGCCCGGCAUCAACAAGCUCGGUGGCACGGCGUGGAUCGUCCGUCGCAACGACGAUGGCACGUACAACGUCAAGUACGUCUUGGGCGGCCGCGAAGGUCGCGUCGAUCCGGUUUACAUUCGAAGUGCUGGCACAAGCAACAACGACAACAACAGCAGCGACGACGCAAGGACCUCUCCUGCGCCCUCCUCAGCACGAACGAUACCAUCUCGGAAGCGCCUGUCGCCAGCAAUCGAGAGUCCUCCGCCGGCAGCGCCCAAGAAAGCGAAAAAGGCCGUCCACAUCCGCGAAGCGCUCGUGUUUCUCUGCUCGGGCCUCAACCACGAUGAGAAGACGCUCGUCGAGUCGUGCGCGCAGCUCGUGGGCGCGACGACGGUGCACGAAUGGACCGAGUCGGUCACGCACGUGAUUGUCAAGUGCCAGCACGCAGCGCCGAUGCGCCAGAAGCUCCAGCUGUCGGAUAAAGUCAAUCGUUGGGUCAAGAUCCGGUCCAUCAAGUACCUCAAAGCCGUCGUGUCGGGUCGCUGGAUCGUCAGCGAUGCAUGGAUUCAAGGUCCCUUUUUCAUCGCCUUCUCCACUCAUGGGACUGACGUACGGUAGCGUGCGUCAAGGCAAAGGGACUCGUGAGCGAAGAGACGUACGAAGUCCAGGGGCUGCUGAAAGUGCAGCAUGUGCCCGAGAUUGCCAAGAAGGCGCGCCUCCUCCGCCAAGCCAACCUCGCGACGGCCACGGGCGUGCCGAGUGCCGUCGGGACACGCCUCUUUGCCUCGCUUGUGUGCGUCGUAUACGGCAACUUUGCCUCGCCACUCCCCCCAAAGCAUGAAAUUGGGUCCCUCGUUCGCCUCGGUGACGGUACUAUCGUUUCCAGCCUCGACGACCUUGUCAAGGCGGCGGCGCAGACCUCGAGCCGGACGUGCGUCGUGAUUGUAGAGGCCAUGGACGUUGUGCUGCCACUCCCAACAACAGCGGCCGGCCUCACCAUCUACGCGGUCGGGUACGAGUGGGUCCUCGACUCAGUGAGCGAGUGUGCGCUCAAGCCCCUCGCCCACUUGCUUCAAACCUAGCGUUCUUGUACCUACAUAUAUGGUAUCAACUUGAUAGUGUCGAAACGGUUCCUUCAGUUUGCAA